AAUUGAGUGACCAUGUUGGCUAGAUCGCCUUCAAUUUCAGUCUGAGUAGAGGAUUGAAUUGAUUACGGAUUACUGUUUUAUAAGUGGGGAAAUCUCGCAUUAAAUAGAAAAUUCUAGUUUUCUUUUUUUUAGAAGACAUGAAUUUUCAAGAAUUAAUGACAGUUGCAGAACACAAACAAGUGAAUCUAAGUAAAACUGUAAGUACAAAUCAACUUUGAGUUGAAUAGGGCCUGGCUAUGGCUAAAGGCAAAGGCUACUGGCUAUCCAUAGGCUACAGUUUCGGUUAAAUUCUCACCAGUCACUGUGUUAGUAUGACGGUUAUGUAACACUGCAACACAGCGUUUUAUUUGUUAAAAAUAAGAAUAAGGGUGAAUUAGUCUCACAUUGGUGAUUUUUUUCUGUCAACAUUUCAUGAUUUUUGUGGGCUACAAACUACAAGGAUACACAUUUUUUGUGUGGAAAGUUUGUUUCCUAGGCUAGUCCUAGGCCAAUUAAAUUAUUUUAGUAGGCCUACUUACAAAUAGGCUAAAUAGCCUUGACCAAUUUCAGUCAAGCCUAGGCCUAUCAGUUUGAGCUUGCUAAAUAUAAAGUAUAAGGGCAUCCAUAAAGGAUGUCACACACAUUUUGCCGAUUUUUGACCCCCCCCCCUCCUCCCCAUUCCCAUCGUUACAAAUCGUCACAAAAAGUUAGACCCCCCCUAAAAUAUAACAUUACAAAUCUCUGCACCCCUCCCCCCCCCCCUAAAAAUUCUCUGUGUCCACUGCUGUCCUUUACAAACCCUUAAGAAAUUCACCUGUCACCUCCCAUGGAUAUCAAAUUACUACACCUGUGUCCCCAUCCCUACCUUACAAAUCUUCACAAAAAGUUAGACCCCCCCUAAAAUAUAAGAUUACCAAUCUCUGCCCCCCCUCCCCCCCCCCUAAAAAUUCUCUGUGUCCACUGCUGUCCUUUACAAACCCUUAAGAAAUUCACCUGUCACCUCCCAUGGAUAUCAAAUUACUACACCUGUGUCAGAAACAUUUCACUUAGACAGUGGUUCUUAACCAGUGGUGAAAGUACCUCCCCAGCCCUGAGGUGCGGAAGACCAGAAAAUUGUAUUUGCUGCCAUUGCUAGUUAUUGCUUUUUUUUUUUUUAAUCGGUUUUUAUGCAUCUUGAUUAUCAGCAGUAAAUGUUUUUCACGGUUUGUGGGGGGAGGGGGGGGGUGUGUGUGUGUUCCAAACAGAGUGGGCCUGCAGCGCUGAAAAAAUGGUUAAGAAUCCCUGCCCUAGAGCAUUUACUAAGAUCAUCUCCCUCCUGUCAACCACUUUUUUCGUUCCACCCCACUUACCAUGGAAGUACUACUUCUAUAACUCCUGUGUCCACAUUUGGCCAUAAAUUCUCACAACUGUCAUUGUAACUCCCCGCUGGCGUCCUGAAACUUGAUCAGCUGCCAUUUUUUCUUAGGUCGCAUACCUGUACUGAUUUUCACUGUGAUAGUAGUUUUAAAGAAUAAUGUUAAAAAUGUCUGUAAUUUAAGGUUUUUAAGUGCAAGUCUUUACUAUAAUAUUCCGCUUUUCAUGUGACGUCACAUUGCUUGAGCCUCCCCCCCUCCACCAUGCCCACGUCACACAUCGUCACAAAAAUCUGACAACCUCCACCCCCCCAGACGCGUGACGUUAAUUGUGGAUGGCCCCUAAGUCAAUAAGUGUAUCUUGUCCAUUCAUAUUGAUACUAUGUAGAACUUUUCUUUGUUUUUUUUAAAGCUUUUUGCUGCUUAAAAAGAUAAAUCUAUACAAAUUACAUGCUUAUUGAUGACUAUGUGAAGCAAAGGGCAACCCCAGGCUGUCGCCACUUCUUGUUUCAGAUCUGAUGGAUUAAAUCAAAUUAUGUUUGCAACAUAAUGGCAGCCAAGUAUAUUAAUGUAAUGCUAAACAUGGCAUUGAUACCAUUCAUUAAGAAUUUAUUGUUUAUUUUAAGUCAUUGUGUUUAUAUACAAUAUAAAUGCUCUUCUAAACUGAAAUAUGUAACAAUUUAAUCCAUAGGUUUUCUGUAGGCAUAUAGUAAAAUAAACAAAAAGUGGAAACUCAACAUCAUUGUGUGUUUUAAAAAAAUUGAUUAUGUGCUUCAUUUUGCACAGUGCAGGUCUACAAAUACCUUGGUGUUUUAAGUAACCCAUAAUGCAUUGCUGACCAACAUAGGCUAAUUAAAGGUGCAGGCAAAUUUCUAAUCAGACUACUUUACUGGUCUGAGCUCAAGAAAAUUUUUAAAUUUCUGGAAAAAAAAUUUUGAAUUAAAAUUAAAACUCACUGGCCUCUUUUCAUAUUUUACAGUGUAUAAUAUUUUAUCUGUUGGGGAUAAACAAAAUAUAAUAUAAAAAAUAGUAGGGAACAACAGUGAACAUUUUAUAAAGAUAUGCAAUAAGCUUGCAUAUUAAAAUGUGUGGUCGGAUGGCUUUGCAUUCUAAACUAUGUCAAUAUCAAACUGCAUUGAUUGGAGUACAAAACCCAGAAGCAGAAAAAAACAUCAGCAGCACCCCAUAGUUUUAGCCAGAGAAACACCAUUUUUAAAGACACAUGAUGUCAUAGCAAUGGGAAAAAUUCAUGAAUGAUUUCCUCCAUAUUUACAUCCUUCCCUAAUGAAUAAGUCUCAAAUUUGAAAUGAAAAUAGCUUGUUAUAUUUGAUUUGUGUCACAUUUGUUAUUCAAAUCAUUUGUAAUUUUGUAAAAUUGGACUCAUCAAUUAAGUUAAUAGAAUUAACAAUAAUAAAUAAUUUAAUAAUGAAAUUCAUUGGAUGAGUUAUAUUAUUGAUGUUAAUAUUUUAUAGAAUAACAAAACUACUACAGGAAAAUCAUGAAUAAUUAUUAUAUAUGGAUUAUAUGAAACAAAUAGUGCGUGGCUUUAUCCCCGGAUUUUGCAAAUAUUACCCCCAAAAAACUGGUAUUUGGUACCCAAUGAAAAUGUCUACCUUGUUGUUCCCUUCCAAAUAGACUAGUUACUAUGUAUUAGGCUAAUAUCAUUAGUCUAACGAUAAUGAGUUAUUUAUUAAGCAAAUUAUUAUGUUAACUAAUUAAUAAACUGGUAUUUGUCACAACUUUAUUUAUGUGCAUGUUAAGGACUUCAAUGUAAAUUGUGAUUGCGUGUUGUUUAGAGAUUAUAUGUGUUGCUUUAUCUAUUUAAUACUAUUAUGCCUAGUAUUUUAUGAAGUAUUUUGUGGGAAGGGGAAAGGAUGCAUUGUUUUUGUGUAGAGUGUUGUGUGAUCAGUAGUGGCAGUUGACUAUUUAGUUGUGGUAAUAAAGAUACUGUAUUCUAGUAAUCAAUGGUUUGUGAAGUUAAUAUAAUAAACCCCUAGACAAAAUGUAGCCAUCGGUUCGUUACAGUGCAUGUUUAACAGACAUUUACUGUUGUGGGGCAAAAAAAAGAAUUAAAAUCCAGCAUAAAAUGACUCUUAAUGACAAACACAAGGCAACCUUGCCAACUUUAAGUUUGCAAUUUUGUUUAGUCAAUAAUAUUUCAGAGCCAAACUGUUAUAAAGCAAACAUACAUAUGUAACUUACGGUAGAAAAUUAGUUAAUUCUUCACAUAAAAAAUGUCUGCUCAACUAAUUUUAGUGAGACUGGAUGUCGGGAGUGUUGGAUAGCGCUCCAUUGAAUUUCCUUUUUAAAUUAUUGUAUUAGUCAUCAUGCCAUAUGGCGUAAUAGGAGCUGGAAGUGAGAUUUUUUCCUUGGUUGAUGAUUAUUUAUAUAGUCAGGUUUUGUGAAGAGUUUAGGAUUGUUUGCUAGAAGUGUAGAAGUUAUAAGGCAGUAUGGCUAAUAAAUAGCCAGCCUUUAGUCUAUAAGUAACCCAUAAGCUAACGCUCUUCAAGUUUAGGCCCUUGAACGCACCAGAAAAUGUUUUAACAUUGAUAUCAUUGUUCCAUGGCACAUAACCUAUAAUAUAAUUAUUUGUAAGUUAAAGAAUAAUAUAAAGAUUUAAAAUUUCAGUUUUUUUUUUGUUUUGUUUUUUUUUUUGUUUUUAAUUUUGGAACUAAAGAUCAAGUGCAGAUUUUUUUAUUUUUUUUGGGUUGCAUUUCCCAACAUAUCUCCUGCCUAAAUUAAACAAAGUUUUUUUUGUGUGUUAUGAUCUCUGUUUUAUUUCCAACCCAAGAAAAAUGUCUCAAGAUACAGUCUGGAGCUCCCUGCCCCAAGAAAGGAGGAGAAACCAAAGCCAAAAUCAAAGGUUGUUCAAAGCCUCAUCGAGGAGAAGAAACGGGAAAAAGGUUUGAGGCUCUUUCAUUUUUCUCUUUCUUUUCAAUAACAUCGGUCUUUUCAACAACAUUGGUCUGUUCAAUAACAUUGGUCUUUUCAAUACCAUUCGUCUUUUCAAUAACAUUGGUCUUUUCAAUAACAUCAGUCUUUUCAAUAACAUUGGUCUUUUCAAUAGCAUCAGUCUUUUCAAUAACAUCAGUCUUUUCAAUACCAUUGGUCUUUUCAAUAACAUCAGUCUUUUCAAUAACAUGGUCUUUUCAAUAGCAUCAGUCUUUUCAAUACCAUUGGUCCUUUCAAUAACAUCAGUCCUUUCAAUAACAUCAGUCCUUUCAAUAACAUCAGUCCUUUCAAUAGCAUCAGUCUUUUCAAUACCAUUGGUCUUUUCAAUAACAUCUAUAUCAUUGAUAAUAUUAUAGUGUUUGUGGAUUAGAUUUUUAAAUUGGUGGUUAGUUUAUUUCUGGUUUAAGUCAGACAGUUACCUUUGCCAUGACAGAUAUUUCAUAUCUGUACAGGUUUUCUGUUUCUCAUUCAAUGCAAGCAUGACGUGUGCAUAUUUGGUUAUGUUAAAUGGCUUUCAUGUGUUGUUAAAUUAUAAUUUUAACAACUUGCAGUUGGUUACCAAAUUUUAGUACUUGACCUAUUUUGCUCUAUUGUAUCAUUAUUUAUUAUGUUCAUAAAAAGUAUAAGGGAUUGAAAUAUUAAUGUCUUGUUAUUGUAACACUUUUUUUUAAAAAUACAGAGGCAGCAGAAAAAGCAGAAAGAGAGCGGAAGGAAGAAGAGAGGAAAAAGAAUCAAUUCAGAAUACCUAAAAAGAAGACAGAUUCACCAACCAUCGAUAAAGAUUCUCUAAUCAAUUCAUUGUUUGAUGACAGCGGUGUUCAGUUCGGCGACAGCUCAUCGGAAAAUGCAGUGCUGCACAAACACAGCAAAGAUAAAACCAAUGGCGAGUCUGUGCCAUCAUCUAACAAAGACAGACAUUCUUCUCAUCACAGAGAUUCCCAUUCAGGUCAUGGGACAUCGCGUUCUUCUGAUAAAAGACAUGACAAAUCAUCAUCACAGGAGCCUUCCUCCAGAAAACAUGAAAAGCAUAAAUCGAGUAGUUCAUCCAACCACAAAGAAACAUCACAUUCUUCUCAUCACACAUCCAGUAAAUCUACCUCAGAAAAUCACAAAUCCAGUUCUCUGUCCUCUGAUAAGAAACCCAGCAAAUCAAUAGAGACUCAAUCUCAACAUCAUCAAGCCGCCCAUUCCACAACUUCAUCCAGCAAAUCUUCAGGGGAUAAAUCUAAGGCGCCAGCUGAUGGACAGCCUGUUGUUUUGACGAAACAUCAUUUAAAUCCAACAAUUGAGCGCCAAGCUUCGGAAAUGUCAGAGCGAGAAAAAAUAUUGGCUAAGCUUCAAGCCAUAAAGCAAAGGACGUUAGAAGCGCUUCAUAAGGAAAAUGCAAGAAAAGGGAAGCGUAUGAAAGGGGAUAAGUCUCACAGGAAAUCGAAAGUAGAGGAAAAGCUUGAAGAUAAAGCUAAAUCGGUGGAAAUAAUUCGAGGGGAGGUUUCAUCCGAGGGAGAGGAUGAAGAGAGAAACGAUGUGCCGUCUGCGUUAGAUGUGAUGUUGUCGGAUAGAAACGCCAAGUUGGAGAAGGAUAAAAUCUCACGUCUGGCAAAACAGGCCUGGGAGAGAGCGACGAAAAAAUCCUCAGACACUGAAGAAAAGGUUAAGAAGAAUUCUAAGUCGUCUCAUAGGGAAAGUAGUUCCAAAAAACAAUCUAAAGUUCAUGUUCAUAAAUCUUCUCAUCGUGAUAAAGACAAAAGAAAAGCCCAUUCCUUGUCACCUUCUACCACCCGGUCAAACAAACCUUUAAUUAAACCUAAAAAAUUCAAAUCCUCCCAGCCUCCCCCCUUAGACUUUAAAGCAAUUUUAGCAAUGGCAGAACAGAAACAAAAGGAGCCCCCUAAACCAGUUGUGCCAUUGCCAAAGAAGAAAAAAGAAGAGGAGGAAAGACCUCUUACUCAAGAGGAGAAAGACAGGAGAGAACGCCAGAAGUCUAAAGCCUAUCAAGAGUGGUUACAAAGAGGAGGUCAACGCCCUGGCCAGAGAGACGCCAACGGUCACGACUCUCCGCCGCCGUCAUCAUCUUCUCAGUCGACUAAAAUAAAACCCGGCGCACAGGGGCCCGGCAAAUCUUUAGCCAAGCCUCAGGACAAACAUAAACAAAUGUCCAGGCCGUCUGAGAAUGGCAUCGGCAAAGCCAGAAGCAUGACGGUCAAUGAAAAUGUCUUGGUUUGUGGGCCAGGGGAGGGCAGUGAGGAUGAAGAAGAAAGCCCUCCUGUCAGGCAGCAACAGGAUACCAGGAAUCCUUUCGACAAAAUUAUGCAACAGGUUCACAAGAAAAGGCCAGGGACACAAGUAUCUUCAGGU